AUGCCACGCGAUCACCAUGAGAUUUUGUGGAAACAAAUCCUGCCACCGGUUCUGGCCAUAUAUAUCAAGACACUGGCAAUCUUCAGAAUGGAAUGGUUUUUGAGGACAAGUUCGGAGAACCACCUGAUGAGAACCAACGUUCGUGGGAUAAAACUACUCGGCAUUGUGCAGGGCGAUUAUGAGAAGGUUUUCAAGGACAUUUGUAUAGAAAUUGAAGCACCGAAGAAACAAUUUGACGGGGUGAAGAGACCAUAUCUACAAGACCCACUUCGACGGUCAGCAGUGGACGGCAAAGACAAGUUAGACUUUAACGAGUGCAGGUGUAUUGUUGUGAUGAGAUUGAUGGAAUACUAUUACUGUUUUCACUGGGGUUGA